AUAAUUUGGACCUAUUGACGUUUAUAGUUCUAUAGUCUAUAGGAUUGUUGUUUUUUAAUAAUACUUGUGGUAUCAUCCUUUAUUUUCUUUAAAUCUAAUUACUUAAGUCUAUAAAGAGACUCACUAAAUCAGAUGAUAAUUUUUUGUUAUCUUAAUAAUAAUUUGUGUCUUUUAAAAAUUAAAUUAGAUUCUAAUUUGCUAGCCUACCCUAUGGCUAUGCAGCAUGGAUGCAGCUACAGACUAUCCACUCCAUUAUUGAUAAUAUUAUUAUUUAUAAUUUAUAAGCUCUCUACCAUCUAUUGUGUUUCAUUUCACUGUACUGUUUACACACGCCAUCAAAUGGUAUUAUUACAUAAUCAAAGUAAACUAUUUAAUUUUAAUAUAUACCCCUUCGAACAUUACACCAUUUUGCCCUACUACUUAAAGUCAAGUAAGACUAACUAAAUACAUGAUUUAAUUUUAGUUUAGAGCAUUUGCAAUUAUUAGUAACUAAAUAAUGAUUAAUUAUUUAAUGAGAAAGCACUUCAAAGUUAGUCUUUGUAUGUUUGACAAAAUUUCAUUUUCAGAAUUAAAUAUGGCAUCAUCUGAAAAUUUUGAAGAAAAUAUUAACACAUUUAUCAAAGCUAAAACUGGCGAGCAAAUUUAUCUGGAUUUAACUACAGAAAAUGUAAUUCAACUAAAACCAGUGUGUAAGAGAGGAUCAGUUCCCCUUGGGGCCUUCUGGGUUCAUGUCUUUCAACAUUCCAAUAAUUACCCAGUAAGUAAAUACAACAGUACAGUUGACAAUUUAUUUAAGUACUUUUACUAAAAUUUUAUGUUCCAAUAUUGGAAAGUUUUGAAUUUCCGAUAAUAACAAUGCGGAAACAGGGUGUAGUGGUUUCUUGAUAUCAAAUAGCUGGUUAUUUCUCUGCAACAUAUAGUAUAGCAGAACUUGAUAUAAAAAAUCAUAAAAUGGUUAAGCUUUGAUUUGGCACCCACAAAUAUAUAUUUUUUAUAUGCUAUUUAUGAGCCAUUUUUUAAUUUAAAAAUUAGGUUGUGUACUAUAGUAAUCCUAUUAUAACUGAAAGUAAGCAAUCACGUAUACAAAAUAAAGUUUUUUUAAUUUCCAAUUCUAAAAAUAUAGAAAAAUGCAUUAAAAUUAAAUUCAUUUCUUUGUGAAUUUUUACAAAUUAUUAAAAAUUAUCAGGAUUUUUCAAUAAAGCCAUAUACUUUACUUCAGUAAAUUAGUACGAAAAUAAACUUGCAUUAAUGUUAUUUUUAUCGGUACUGGUCAAUUUAGUUUAUGUGAUUAUGAGUCAUUGGGACAUAAAACCAAGAGGAUUUUGCAAAUUUUAAAAAAAAAAAUAGAUUGAAUACUGGUUAAUAUUGUACAAGUAUUUCACUAAAACAGCACACAAAUUUAAGGUGUAUAUAUAUUUUUAAAUAUGUUAAAUUCUUAAUCAUCCCUAAAACUUUUACUUUACAUUAAAUUAUCUCACCAAUUAUACUAAUCAAUUGUCUUGCAAAAACAAUUUCUUGAUAAUAUUUUGGUCACUAUGGACAUAAAAUUAUUGGGAACAUAUGAACAUUACAAUUAUAAAAUUCUUUACAUUUGGCAUCUCAGAAACAAUUGGUAAAGUCAAUUUUAUAUCUUUUCCUCACGAUAACAUAGCAUUAGCAUGGAUCUUUUUAAGUAAAAAAAAAUUAUAUUGAUAUAAAAAAACUAGGUAUUGUAAAACCCCAUAUUAUCAUAUCAGAAACGGAAAAAUAGGGACCAAUUUUCAACAAGAUGGCAGCAGCCUUGAUAUUUGUAGAUACGCCCUAGGAAACGUGUCAAUACCAGCAUUAAAUUAUUUCUAAGUUCUGUAACAGUUUAAAAUUUAGCAUUUAGUGCACAUUUCAAAAUUUUAUUUUGAAACACUUGCUGUUUUCCACUAUACAAACCAUAAAGAUGUUUUAUUCUAGGUUUAUUCAUAUCCUUACAAAAGACUGUACCAUGCUGGAAGACCAUUUGAAUUACAGCUCAGAAUCGAUGGAAUUUCCAUUAACAUCAACUUAUCAUCAGGAUAUCUUAUCUUCAAAGGUUCACAUGUAAUUGACUGGUUUGUGAGUCGUUUUCUAGGAAUCCUGGAGGGAUAUGCAUUGCCUCCAGGAAAAAGUUCAAAGGAAUUAAGAGAUCAGUAUACACAAGAAGAAAUGGAGGCUUUGAAAAGGGAAAGGAAAAUUUGUUAUAAGCAAAGUAAGACAAUCUUUUUUAAAUUUUUUUUUAAUAAAGGAAUAUUAUAUUUUAUUUUUUAGUUUAAUAUAGCAAUUUGAAUUAAAGAAAUCUUAAUUUGGUGUUUCAUAAUUUUUUGGUGAACUAAACAAAUUGUUGUUGGUAAGAUUUCAAAAUCUUAUCAAAAUGUAAAAUGACAUUUCUCAAAGUUGAGAGAAACAAAUAUAUAUAUAUAUAUUGUAUGCUUGUAAUUAGUUUUUGUAGUGUCGCGUUUGUUUUAAAUGUGGUAAAUUAUAGAUUUGUUUUUAGUUGACUUUGUACCACGCUUCGAGCCUUUGGGGAUGAAGCGUGUUUUUGAAAUGAACUUUAUUAUUAUUAUUAUUUAUAUAUAUAUAUAUAUAAUAUUUCUGCUCAACAAUUAUUUGUUAAAAGUUUAGAAUGGGUGCCUCUCUUUAAAAGAUAAGGUAGAUUUAUUUUUACAAUAAUUUACACCAAUUUACAGUGAUAGAUGAAUGGCCAUCGAAUGCUCUAAAAAUGGAGGCCAAAAUUAUGGAGGCUGGAAGGCAAACUACUAAUCAAGAGCCAAUCAGCCUGGAAGGAUUUUUAAAGGCAGAAGAUUUAGAAACAUAUUGCCCCAUUGCAGAUUUGGUGAGUAGAUUAAAUUCUCACAGAAAACAGACGUGGUACUUUUUAUUGCUUUUUUUUAAAAUAAAGUUUAUCUGCAGAUAAUAAUAAAGUACAAAAUAAAAUCAGAAUUUUCAAUUAAUCAAAUUUUAACUCACAUUUUGAUUUUAUUAUUUUUUUAAAAACAAAUGUCACCCUUAAGUUUGGUACCAGGCAUAUGUGACAGACAACUGAAUUUUAUUGAAAUGUCUCUUGGAAUUGAUUUUGGACUAAACUUGACAAUUUAUAUUCGAGGUAUAAGUGUAAGUAUCAAUUACAUAAAUAUAUUUGAAAACAAGUGCAUUGAGAUUGAAAUGACCAUUUAUGCCAAUAUGUUUCAGUUGGAUGAAGUAGAAGUUACACAACAGUUGGUCAAGCUUGAAACUGGAAGAGUCAUUCAAGGUAAUGUGCUUUACAGAUUAUGGAAAUCUACAUUGAAUUCAUGGUUGUCUGACAAAGAUGGAAAAGUCUACAUCAUAACACCUCACAUCGAUUGUGACCGUCUUGUUGACAUUUGCCAGCUUUUUUUGAAGAACAGACUUACAGCUUGCCUUGAUACACUGUGUAUCCCAAUGAGCAAUUUGUAUGGCAGAUUUGCGAGUGUAAGAAGUCAGGCCAUUCAACAAUUUCCUCCUAGAGAUCAAGUUUUUAUUGAAUAUAAAAUCUACAGUAACGUUGUGUAUCCAGUUGUGGACUUUGUCACCAGUUUUAUUGCUAUGGUUAAGGAUGGUAAAGCAAGAGUUCUACAAACCAAUACUGAUUUUGACAGAGCCAGUUUCUUGACUACAACAUCAGUGACUGUUCAGUACAAAGAAAUUGAUGAGACAGAGUUUCUAAAAGCAUAUCUUGACCCCAUCAUUGGUUAGUUGAAGGAAUAUGGAACAAUUAUAUUUUUAUAGAUUUCAUUAAUUAAUUAAACUAAUUCACAAUAUUUAAUGACUUUAAUGUAAUUAUUAUUUAUAGCUUAUAAAGUACUAGUCUUUUAAACAUUUUCCAUUAUGGUGUUUGUGAUGCAAUGUAACUGCCUGGUAUUGGCGUACUGGUACAUACAAUUUUAAAUUUUGCUCCAUGCAUGUUUGUGCAGAACCACUAUUUUAACAUGCCAAGUGGGUAAAUUUAAUGUCUUCGGGCUAUAUAUUAUUUUGAGUGCCAUGAAUUUAUUUAAAUGAAAUAUGGAACAUAGAUUAUUGUCUGUUCAACAGUUAUCUUAAACUUGAUUCUCAAAAAAGUGAAAUGAAAAUAGUUUUUUGUUUUAAAAAUUAAGUUUUGGAUAUUCAUACAUUUAUUUUUGUUUGUGACUGUUGAUUCUUUCUGUUUUUUAGCUUCAUAUUCAUUUAUUGUCUUCGGUGAAAAGCUAUAGCUAUGACGAAACUGAUGACUAAUAAUGUUUUUUUUAAAAAUAAAUUAUACAUAUUAAUUUAAGGUUAAUUGGUUAAAAUAGGGCUAGUUUGUGAGUCAGAGUAUAGAGCAAGAUGGGAGCCGGUUAGGGGCAUGUGCUGGGAGUGUAUUCUGGUGGGCAAGGGGUGUUUAUAAAAUGGAGAGGGUAUGAGAUAAGUGAAGAGGAGCAUCAGUUGUAAUAAGUUUUGGUAAGAGGGUGGAGUAGGAUGAAGGAAUUCAGAGUGAGAAUAAGAAUAAAAUAUUAAAAAAUAGUUUCUUAUCAGGAUUAGGCUGAAAGUAUAUGACUUAAAAAGAGGGAAGAAAAUGCUUCUAUUUCUAUCAUUUAUGAGGGAAGAAAAUGCUUCUAGUUCUAUCAUUUAUGAGGGAAGAAAAUGCUUCUAGUUCUAUCAUUUAUGUCUUUUCUUUUAAAAUAUAGACACAUACUGACAUGCCAGGUUUCAGAUUUUAUUGCAACCCAGACAGCACAUUAAAUUUAGAGCUAAUCAAUUUCUAUUUGUCACUUGCCCGUGUAUUUAAGAGCCUGAAAGUGAAAUAUUUAUGCUCAAUCAAAAUAAUUAUAAAGCUUAAAAAAUUGAAUUCAAAUGUAAAAAAUAAAAGGUUUUAAAAUAGUUAUUUCCUCUUUGUAAU